GAGAAUUUGACAAUGGGCUAUGCUUUCAUUCUUUACUCGGUAGAACAAGAAGCUUUUAUGCAUAUUUCUGCAGGUUCAGAUUGGGCUUCCUCGGCUUUACACGCAGAAGCAAAAUCAGUUUUGAAGGCUUUAAAUUGGCUAGAAGAUAAUAUUCUCUCCAGUGUCUUUAUUGCUACAGAUUGUAAAGUUUUUUCAGAUUGCAUUAACAAAAAAGAUGCAGCAGUUGCCUGGACGGCAGAGAAUACCAUUGAAGACAUUAUUUCCAUUCUGGACACUCUUCCACAAGCCAGGAUAAAAUUUAUAAACAAAGAUUACAAUGUUGCAGCAGAUUCAGUAGCAAAGGAAGCAAGAAUAAGAAGACUACAACACUUUUCGAAGCAUAUGCAACAACAAAUCCACAAAAAAGGAAUAAGUAUAUCAAAUAACAGCAGACUAAAAACUCAUUCAUAAUGAAAGAUAUAAUAAGCAAGCUAG